CAGCCGUUUGGGCUCAAGGGAAGUUCAACAUCUGCGAGGAGGGCCAUCUCGAACACCAUGGUCUGCAACAGGUUCCCGACCGACUGGAGCUCCAACGCCUCGGGGGCCACCAAGCGCCCCGCUGACGCGGUUACCGCCGAGAAGGACGUGGAAAUGGAGGACGCCACCCCAGCGUUGGACGUCAGGGAGCUGAGCUACCGCUACGGCGGCGGCGCCACCAUCCACGACCGGGCCCUGAGCGAGCCGAAGCUGAUCGACGUCAGCUGCACCUUCCCCCGGGGCAGCAGGGUGCUCGUCAGCGGCGCGAACGGCGCUGGCAAGUCCACGCUUCUGUCCAUCAUGGGCGGCAUGCGGAUGCUGCCGCGCGGCCAGUGCCUGCUGCUGGGCAAGGAGGCGUUCCACGACACGUCCCUCAACCGGGAGCGGAUGUACUGCGGCGACUGGUGGCGCACCAACUUCUUCUCCAACAUCACCGUGGCAGAGCUGGUCGGGGAGGGCCGCCUCCAGUCGCCGCGCGUCCAGGAGCUGAUCGACAUCAUGCAGAUUAAUCUGUCGUGGCGCAUCAACGCCAUCUCCGACGGGCAGCGCCGUCGCUGCCAGCUGCUGGAGUGCCUGGCCGAGGAGAAGAAGGUCUACGUCCUGGACGAGAUCACCACGGACCUGGACCUCUACGCCCGCGAGGGGCUGCUGGACUUCCUGAGGCGUGAGACCGAGACCAAGGGCGCGACCGUCUUCUACGCCACGCACAUCUUCGACUCGCUGUCGUCCUGGGCCACGCACUGCGUGCACUUCUCAAGGGGCAGGAUCGCGAAGUCCUGCAAAAUGGAAGAGCUUAAGGAGUUCCACGACAUGGUGGCCAGCGGCGCGCGCACGCCGCUGUACUCACUCAUGAAGGAGUGGGUGCUCAAGGAGUACACUCCGCCGAAGACGCCCAACGUGCUGGACGGGGCAGAGGUCGUGCCCGAACCCCAGUGCCCGACACUGGAGGUGACAAAUCUGCAGUUCUCAUACGUGUCGGGCGCCCCGCUCAAUUUGCACGGAGCAAGCUUCAGCUUCUCACGGGGCGCCCGCAUCUUGGUAGUCGGCGCCAAUGGCGCCUGCAAGUCUACAGUUAUGUCCAUAUUGGGAGGCAAACGGAUGAUUCCUCGCGGCUUUGCAAAAGUCAUCGGGAAGGAUUGCUUCAACGACCCCGCCAGCGGAAAAGACGUGAUGUACUGCGGUGACUGGUGGAACACGAACUUCUUCAUGAAUCUGACCAUCCGCGAGCUUCUCGGGGCCAAGAUCGUGGAUACCCCGCGCUGCGCACACCUGUCGGAGAUCCUGCAGGUCAACCUGGACUGGAAGAUAAACAGCGUCUCGGACGGGCAGCGCCGCCGCUGCCAGCUGCUGGAGAUCUUGGCCACCCCGAGGCCCGUCUACCUCAUGGACGAGAUCACCUCCGACCUCGACAUCUCGCAGGAGGGCAUCCUGGGCUUCCUGAAGGCCGAGUCCGAGCAGCGCGGCUCAACACCCGACCAUCUUCUACUGCACGCACAUCUUCGACGAGCUGGAGGGCUGGCCCGACCACCUGCUCCACCUGUCGAAAGGGCGGGUGGUGCGGGCGUGCCCGUUCAGCGAGGUCCAGGAGUACCACCAACUCUGCGACGAGGGGUGCAGCACGCCGCUGUACUCCACCAUCCGGCGGUGGAUCUACGCGGAGUACGCCGAGUCCGAGGGCGCGCGGCCGUGGAGGGUGACGGACGAGAAGUCCCUGACGGACGGGCGCAUCCCCAACCUGGGGCUCGCUGGCCCCUUCCAGACCGCCUGCGGCUGAGCGGCGGCGCGAGGAGGAGGAGGAGGAGGCACCGAGCGGCGAGAGGAGGCCCUCCUCCCGCCCCCUGCUCUGCCUCCUCCUCGUCCUCCUGCCUCUUUUGCCCCCGUCCACCUCCUCCCCCGUCCCUCUUGCGAGGGCUCCUGCUCGAGACUCCCUCCUGCGAGGGUCUCCUCAUCAGCCUUCUCAGAAGCCCCCAGCGUGGAGCGACAGGCUUCUGCGGGUCACUGCUGCCGAGCACGCACUCGCGAUCCGACGACGCAACCGGCGCUAGACGGCCUACCGUCAGCAUGCCGAACUCAGGACCCGCCCGCCAAUAAUCUGCCAGUUCUCCUGCCCGUGCCGCGCGGGAAGGCCCAGCGCGCACAGGUUUCUUUCUGUGCUCGCCAGGCGCUCCUGCCGUGCAGUUUUCGUGCAGCUUCUGCCUGCCCGCGCCGCGCGGGAGGGCCGCGAGCGAAUUUUCUUGCAGCUUCUGCCUGCCCGUGCCGAGCGGGAGGGCCGCGGCAGGUUUUCGCGCGGGGCGCCCCCGCCGCCACGCCCGCUCUUUGGCGCGCACUGGCGCGCCCGAGCGGGGGCCACCGCGGCUUCGCAGCCGCUGCUGGGCACUGGCUUCGGCCAGGCGCCCAGCCGCGUGAUUUCUGUCUCGCGCGAACGCCGCGGCACGCGGCGCGCAAAUCUCUUCUCGGAGA